CUGAAGUCCGAGCCAGCCCAGGGGACUAACAUACAAGAAUUACACGUGACAUGGAGAACUUAAAACUGUUUCCAAAGUUGUAGCUAUUUUUCACACUUCAGAGACAUGCUGUUCGUGGUGGUGUGGAAACAUGUCUGUCAGCACUCGGUCUGCGAAGUCCAACUUCAGAAACAGGUCCACCCAACCCUCUGUCCCCGUGGAAUCAAUAAAGGAAAUGCAGCAAAAGCUGAAGGAGGAGCGUGAGGCUAAGAGAGCUCAGCUAGAUGGGAGACAUGACUAUAUCCUCAGCAUUGUUGCUUCCUGCCUGGGCCUGGACAAGGCCGACGUGGAGGACGCCAUUUUGGAGGGAACUCAGAUUGAGCGCAUGGAGCAGUUCUUUGUGGCUGACGGACUUCCUCAUGUGAUGUUCUACUAUCAGGAUGUUGACCCUGGGGAAGCAGUGGCAGGAGCAGCAGCAGUUGCCCCGAGCCGGAGUAAGAGGGCCAAGGUAUUUGUCACCGAGGGCAAAGAUGUGGCUUUGACUGGUGUCUGUGUGUUCUUCACAAGAGCCAACCCCUCAAAAGCCAUCACCUCAGAAAAUGUGCACAGAGAUGUGAACUUCAACAUGCUGGACACCACGGAGGUGGGCCUGCUGAAGAGUGUGGAGCAGCUUCUUUCUGAGAUCUUCAUCCCCACUCUGAAGAACAUGAAUCACGGGUGGGGAGAGUUGGCCAGCCCUCAGGUCCAGUCUGUCAAACAGGACUUCAUCAAUUCACUGGACAAUUUUGUGUCUGUAUUGGCUGGGGCACAAGAGAGCCUGCAGGAGAAGGUGAACUUAAAAGAGUGUGAUACAUUUGACCUGAAGACACUGAGAGGACCGUCAGACUACAUGGCUGUGGCUAACAGCACAGAUGCAACAGAGAAGAUUGAGGCAUGCAUGAAAGUAUGGAUCAAACAGAUCGAACAGGUGCUGGCUGAGAGUGACCAGCUGAGGAAGGAGGCUGAUGACUUGGGGCCGCGAGCCGAGCUGGAGCACUGGAAGAAACGGAUGUCCCGCUUCAACUACCUUCUGGAUCAGCUGAAGAGCCCUGAUGUCAAGACUGUCCUGGGCGUGCUUAUGAUGGCCAAGUCUAAACUCAUCAAGUCCUGGCGAGAGCUGGACACCAGGAUCACUGACUCAGCCAAUGAAGCCAAGGACAAUGUCAAGUACCUCUACACACUGGAGAAGUUCUGUGACCCACUUUACAACAGUGACCCUGUGUCAAUGGUAGAAGCCAUUCCCGGCUUGAUUAAUGCCAUCCGAAUGAUCCACAAUAUCUCCCGCUACUACAACACCUCAGAGAAGAUCUCUUCCCUUUUUGUUAAGGUUACCAACCAGAUGAUUACAGCCUGUAAAGCCUACAUCACCAACAACGGCUCUGUGUCCAUAUGGGACCAGCCUCAGGAUGUUGUAGCUGAGAAACUUAAAGCUGCCAUCCUCCUAAACCAGGAGUACCAGAAGUGCUUCCACAAGACCAAGGAGAAGCUGGAGCAGAACCCCUCAGAGAGACAGUUCGAUUUCAGUGAGAUGUACAUCUUUGGGAAAUUUGAGACAUUCCAACGGCGCCUUUACAAGAUCCUAAAUAUGUUCAGCACCAUCACUACCUACUCAGCCCUGAACGAUUCUAAGAUCGAAGGCCUUGAAACUAUGGCAACCAGGUUUCAGACUGCAGAAAUGCAGGGGAAAUGGGAGAGCAUGGUCUUAACCAUGAAGAAAAAGCACUACAGCUUCCUGGAUCAGAGAAGAACAGACUUCGAUCAGGACUACGAUGAGUUUUGUAAAAAUACUACCGACUUACAUAAUCAGCUGAAGACCUUCAUGGACAAUACAUUCGAUAAGAUUAAAAACACAGAAAGAGCUUUAAAUGUAAUAAACAAAUUUGAAAGACUUGGCAUCCCAGACCUGGGUAUUGAUGAGAAGUACCAACGCAUUCUUCAGAACUAUGGUAAGGACCUGGAGAUGGUGUCCCGCAUCUACACCAAGCAGAAGAUGGAUCCUCCCAUUGGUCGUGACCUGCCCCCGGUAGCUGGUAAGAUCCUGUGGGCCCGCCAGCUUUACAGGAGGAUCCAGGAACCCAUGGAUCUCUUUCAGGAACACCCUGGGGUGCUGGACACACCUGAGGCCAAACGCAUCAUCAGAAAUUACAAUCGUGUAGCCAGGGUUCUCCUGGAGUUUGAGAUGCUCUACCACUCUGGAUGGAUGAAGCAGAUCGAAGAGGCCAGGCUGGGCCUCCAAGCCUCUCUAUUGGUCAAAUGUCCCGAUACUGGGGAGCUCUUUGUCAAUUUUGACCCCCAGAUUGUGACUCAGAUCCGGGAAACUGACUGCAUGACCAGGAUGAAACUGGAGAUUCCUCCCUUCGCGGCCAUCUUACAGCAGAAACAAGAGUCCCUCAAGAAAAACUACAACAAACUACAGCUGGUUCUGACAGAUAACUCCAGGAUUCGUGCUAAGAUCCAAAGUGCCUUUGAACAACUAGUGAGGCCUCAUGUUGCUAAGGUGGAUGAAGCCAUUCUGCCGGGCUUGACCUCGCUCAACUGGACCUCACUGAACAUUGAGAAAUACUUCAACCGCAUCAACAGGGCUCUCACUGACCUGGAGCUGCUGUUGGACAGAGUCAAUGACCUGGUGGAGUUCAGGAUAGACGCUGUGCUGCAGGGGAUGAGCGGAGCCACACUGUGUGUUCUGCCCCUGGAUGAACCUGUGUCCUGCGACCAGUUUGUUCAGACCACCAGAGAUUUGUGUAUAAAGGAAGCUCAGAGUCUUCACACCAAGAGUUCCCUGGUGGAGGAAGCAGCCAAUGAGCUCAUCAACAUGCUGCUGGAUUUUGAACAUCACAAGGAGAUGGAGGAGAAACUACCAGAGGAGAGCAGGACUAAGAUUGACCACGUAGAGAGUGAAGGUGAGGAGGAAGGUAAGUCAGAAGGUCGUCUGCUGUCCCGUAACACCACGGUGGCCAGCACCACAGGGCCCCCAUCCCCACUGCAGAAGAGGAAGAAGAGAGACCUGCUGGAGGUGAUGGAGGAGGAGGCCCAGGAGCUUCUGUCCCACUUUAACCACCGCAAUGUGGACGCCCUGCUGAGGCUCACGCGCAACACCCUGGAAACCCUCCGCAAACGCAUCCACGCCUCCUCACUCAUGCACUUUCUGGCAGAGAGUGAUUCUCCCAGCCGCCUGAGCAGUGGACAGCAUCCUAUCUUCAGGACAAGUGUGACUCUGUCCAUCCCCAACAUUGCCAUGGUCCCAGCCUUAGAUGAGGUCCAGCAAGCCCUGAACAGGGCUGUAGAGUGUGUGGUCAGUGUCAGUAAAGGAGUCGGCCAGUGGAGCAAGGAAAGGAUCUCCAAGAGGAAGAUGAGUGAGAGACGCAAGGCUGCUUUGAGACAGGACAGGAGUGACAUUGAGUCAGAAGAUGGAGAGACCACCUUCACAAGCCUGGCUGAUGGCAGUGCCUCAGACAUCUCAGAUUCUGUGACCCAGGCCAUACCUUUCCAGGCCAGGAAUCACUACAAGACUGUUUCUGAGAACAAGGAGAUUGUCAAGUUGGUGUCUGUGCUGAGCACCUCCAUCAACUCUACCAAGAAGGAUGUGAUGAAUGCUCUAGAGCGCUUCAGCCAUUACCACCACAUCUGGAGGAAUGAGAGGGAGGAAACCAUCCAGCGGUUUAGCCAGGGCAGCCCUCUGUUGUCUGAGUUUGAGUCUCAGAUCCUCUACUACAGAGACCUGGAGUUAGAGAUCAACGCUGAGCCAAAAUACAUUACUGUAGGAGCGCUUGCCCUUUAUACAGCUGACCUGAAGAUUGCCUUGACUGCUGAGACUAAGAGCUGGAUGGUGGACUAUGGCCUGCACUGCAACCGGAAGUACCGCACACAAAUGGAGAACAUCUUCACGUUUGUGGACGAGGCAGGCAAGAAGCUGAACCGUCAGAUCAAAGACCUGGACGACAUCCGCAUCGCCAUGGCAUCGCUAAAGGAGAUCAGAGAGCAGCAGAUCUCCAUUGACUUCCAAGUGGGCCCCAUAGAGGAAUCCUAUGCCAUGCUGAAUAAGUAUGAGCUGGCCGUGGCAAAGGAGGAGGCAGACAAAGUGGACACGCUGCGCUACACCUGGGAGAAGCUGCUUGCCCGCAGCACGGAGGUCCAGAAUGAGCUGGUCUCCCUGCAGCCCAACUUCAGAGGAGAACUCAUAGACAACGUGAAGACAUUUGUGGAGGACUGUGAACACUUUUAUCAGGACUAUGACAAGGAUGGUCCUAUGGCGGUUGGACUGGCUCCCCAGGAUGCCAGCGACAGACUCAUUAUGUUCCAGAAUCGCUUUGACAACCUGUUCCGUAAGUACAUCACCUACACUGGUGGAGAGGAGCUGUUUGGCCUGCCUGUGACUCAACACCCCCAGCUUCUGGAGAUCAGGAGACAGCUUACCCUCCUCCAGAAGCUCUAUGGUCUCUACAACAGCGUCAUUGACACUGUCAACAGUUACUAUGAUAUUCUGUGGGCCGACAUCCACAUAGAGAGGAUCAAUAAUGAGCUUCUAGACUUCCAGACACGUUGUCGCAAGCUACCCCGUGCCCUGAAAGAGUGGCAGGCCUUCCUCGACCUGAAGAGAACAAUUGAUGAGUUUAAUGAGUGCUGCCCCCUGUUGGAGCUGAUGACCAACAAGGCCAUGAUGACACGUCACUGGAAGAGAAUCACAGAGGUGACAGGACACAGCUUUGAGGUGGAGACCGACACCUUCAAACUGCGCAACAUCAUGGAAGCGCCGCUCCUUAAAUGCAAAGAGGAAAUUGAGGACAUUUGCAUCAGUGCGGUUAAGGAGAGGGACAUUGAACAGAAGCUGAAGCAGGUCAUUGCUGAGUGGGACAACAAGACCUUCACUUUUGCCAACUUCAAGACACGAGGGGAGCUACUGCUGAGGGGCGACAGCACCUCUGAGAUCAUUACAAACAUGGAGGACAGCCUCAUGGUGCUGGGGUCACUCAUGAGCAACAGGUAUAACACACCAUUCAAAGCCCAGAUCCAGAGAUGGGUUCAGAAUCUUUCCAACACCACUGACAUCAUAGAGAACUGGAUGACAGUACAGAACCUGUGGAUCUACCUUGAGGCUGUUUUUGUGGGUGGGGACAUAGCCAAACAGCUACCUAAGGAGGCAAAGCGUUUCUCCAACAUCGACAAGUCAUGGGUGAAGAUCAUGACGCGGGCCCAUGAGAUGCCCAACGUGGUGCAGUCUUGUGUGGGGGAUGAGACCAUGGGACAGCUACUGCCUCACCUACUGGAACAACUAGAGAUCUGCCAAAAGUCUCUCACUGGGUACUUGGAAAAGAAGCGUCUGUUGUUCCCUCGAUUCUUCUUUGUAUCUGACCCAGCCCUUCUGGAGAUUCUGGGCCAAGCCUCGGACUCCCACACCAUCCAGGCACACCUGCUCAACGUCUUCGACAACAUAAAAUGUGUCCGCUUCCACGACAAAAUGUACGACCGGAUCCUGGCCAUCUCGUCUAGGGAGGGGGAGACGGUGGAGCUGGACCGACCGGUGUCGGCCGAAGGGAAUGUGGAGGUGUGGCUAAAUGCCCUGCUGAAGGAGUCCCAGAGGUCACUUCACUUAGUCAUCAGACAGGCUGCCCUGGCCAUCCAGGACCCAGGCUUUCAGCUUAUUGACUUCCUGGACUCCUUCCCUGCUCAGGUUGGUCUUCUGGGGGUCCAGAUGAUCUGGACCAGAGACUCAGAGGAGGCCCUGUCCAACGCUCGCUAUGACCGAAAGAUCAUGCCCAAGACCAACCAGUUUUUCCUUGAGCUUCUUAACACGCUAAUAGACAUGACCACUAAAGACCUGGCCUCAAUGGAGCGGGCCAAGUAUGAGACUCUCAUUACUAUCCAUGUACACCAGAGAGACAUCUUUGAUGACCUGUGUCGGCUGCAUAUCAAAAGCUCUACAGACUUUGAGUGGCUGAAGCAGUGUCGUUUCUACUUCAAUGAGGACUCUGACAAAAUGACAAUCAACAUCACUGAUGUGGGAUUUGUCUACCAAAACGAGUUCCUGGGCUGCACUGAUAGACUUGUGAUCACCCCUCUCACUGACAGGUGCUACAUCACAUUGGCCCAGGCUCUGGGGAUGAGCAUGGGCGGAGCCCCAGCUGGUCCUGCAGGGACAGGGAAGACUGAGACCACUAAAGACAUGGGCCGAUGCCUGGGAAAGUAUGUGGUGGUCUUCAACUGCUCGGACCAGAUGGAUUUCAGAGGCCUCGGAAGGAUCUUUAAAGGCCUAGCUCAGUCAGGCUCGUGGGGCUGUUUUGAUGAGUUCAACCGCAUCGACCUAUCGGUGCUGUCCGUGGCCGCCCAACAGAUUGCCAUUGUGCUAACCUGUAAGAAGGAACGCCGCAAGAACUUCAUCUUCACUGAUGGAGACAACGUGGAAAUGAACCCAGAAUUUGGCAUCUUCUUGACUAUGAACCCAGGCUAUGCAGGUCGUCAGGAGCUUCCAGAGAACCUGAAGAUUAACUUUCGCUCAGUGGCCAUGAUGGUCCCUGACAGGCAGAUCAUCAUCCGGGUCAAGCUGGCCAGCUGUGGCUUCAUAGACAACAUAGAGCUGGCCAGGAAGUUCUUCACCCUCUACAAACUGUGUGAAGAGCAGCUUUCUAAACAGGUGCACUACGACUUUGGACUCCGAAACAUUUUGUCAGUCCUGCGUACAUUGGGGGCCGUCAAACGAGCAAACCCCAACGACACCGAAUCGACCAUCGUCAUGAGGGUACUCAGAGAUAUGAACCUCUCCAAGCUGAUUGAUGAGGAUGAGCCGUUGUUCCUCAGCCUGAUAGAGGACCUCUUCCCGGGGAUCCAGCUGGAUAAAGCAGGCUACCCAGAGCUGGAGGCUGCCAUAGAUAGACAGGUUGCAGAGGCAGGUCUGAUCAACCACCCUCCAUGGAAGCUGAAAUUGAUUCAGCUUUUUGAGACCCAGAGGGUCCGCCAUGGUAUGAUGACCUUGGGGCCCAGCGGCGCUGGCAAAACCACCUGCAUUUCCACCCUGAUGAGGGCCAUGACAGACUGUGGUCAGCCUCACAGAGAGAUGCGUAUGAACCCCAAAGCCAUCACUGCCCCUCAGAUGUUUGGCCGUCUCGAUGUAGCCACCAAUGACUGGACAGACGGUAUCUUCUCUACCCUCUGGAGGAAGACCCUGAGAGCCAAGAAAGGUGAGCACAUCUGGAUAGUACUGGAUGGACCAGUAGAUGCUAUUUGGAUAGAGAACCUUAACUCAGUGCUGGACGAUAACAGGACUCUGACCCUGGCCAAUGGAGACCGGAUCCCCAUGGCCCCCAACUGCAAGAUCGUGUUUGAGCCCCACAACAUUGACAACGCCUCGCCAGCCACCGUGUCUCGCAAUGGAAUGGUGUUCAUGAGCUCCUCGGUGCUCUGCUGGAGCCCCGUUCUGGAGGGCUGGCUGAAGAGGCGUUCCCCUCAUGAAGGAGAGGUGUUGAGGGAGCUGUUCUCGUCCUCCUUCCCAGAACUCUACCGGUUCAGUGUUCAGUGUCUGGAGUAUCGGAUGGACAUGCUGGAGGCCUUCAUCAUCAUGCAGACCACCACCAUGUUGCAGGGCCUCAUCCCUGCCAAGGAGCAGGGAGGAGAGGUGUCCAGGGAGCAUGUGGGACGUCUCUAUGUGUUUGCCUUGAUGUGGAGCAUCGGCGCGCUGCUCGAGCUAGAAGACAGGAGAAGGAUGGAGAGUUGGCUCCGUGACAACGACAAGGUCCGCCUGGACCUCCCAGAUAUACCAUCAGACAGCGAGGACACCAUGUUUGACUAUUAUGUCACUACAGACGGUCAGUGGGUCCACUGGAACAGGCGGGUUGAGGAGUAUGUCUACCCCUCUGAAUUCACCCCUGAGUAUGGCUCCAUCCUGGUCCCCAACGUGGACAACGUUCGCACUGACUUCCUCAUUCGGACCGUUGCCAAACAGGGCAAGGCUGUUUUGUUAAUAGGCGAGCAAGGCACAGCCAAGACAGUCAUCAUCAAGGGAUACAUGUCAAAGUUUGACCCUGAAAUUCACAUGGCAAAGAGUCUGAACUUCUCCUCUGCCACAACACCACUCAUGUUCCAGCGGACUGUAGAGAGCUACGUGGACAAGCGAAUGGGCACCACCUAUGGCCCUCCUGCAGGGAAGAAGAUGUCCAUCUUUGUGGACGAUAUCAACAUGCCAGUAAUCAACGAAUGGGGAGAUCAAGUAACCAAUGAGAUAGUCCGCCAGCUGAUGGAACAGAAUGGGUUCUAUAAUCUGGAGAAACCAGGAGAGUUCACCAACAUUGUGGACAUUCAGUUCCUGGCAGCGAUGAUCCACCCAGGAGGAGGACGAAAUGACAUCCCACAGAGACUGAAGAGGCACUUCUCCAUCUUCAACUGCACUCUGCCCUCCAACACAUCCAUUGACAAGAUAUUUGGGGUCAUUGGUACUGGCCACUACUGUGCCCAGCGAGGCUUUACAGAAGACGUUCGUGUCACCGUGGCCAGGCUUGUUCCGCUGACCCGCCAGCUGUGGCAGAUGACCAAGGUGAAGAUGUUGCCCACUCCGGCCAAGUUCCACUACAUCUUCAACCUCAGGGACCUGUCCAGGGUGUGGCAGGGCAUGCUCAUCCCCAGUGCCGAGGUGGCCAGUUCCCUCACUCUGUUGCUUCAACUGUGGAAACAUGAGUGUAAGCGUGUGAUCGCAGACCGCUUCACCAUGCCGGAGGACAUAGAUUGGUUCGACAGGGCUCUAGCCAAGCUGGUUGAGGAGGAGCUAGGGAAGGAAGAGCGGGCUGUGGUGGACUUCGGUGUAGACAGCUUCUUUGUUGACUUCCUGAGAGAUGCUCCUGAAGCUACAGGUAUAGCCAAAGCACCAGGUGAGGAGCCAGAAGAAACCGACUUUGAUAUGCCCAAGGUUUAUGAGCCUAUCGAGUCAUUUGACAGCCUGAAGGACAGACUCAACAUGUUCCUUGGCCAAUACAACGAGAGUAUCAGAGGGGCUGGCAUGGACAUGGUGUUCUUCAGAGACGCCAUGAUGCACCUGGUCAAGGUUUCCAGGAUAAUUCGUACCCCCAGAGGGAAUGCCUUGCUGGUUGGAGUGGGGGGAUCAGGCAAGCAGAGCCUGACUAAACUGUCUUCCUUUAUCGCUGGAUACAAGACCUUCCAGAUCACACUAACACGUUCAUACAACACUUCAAAUCUAAUGGAGGAUCUGAAGAAUCUGUACAGGACAGCAGGCCAGCAGGGAAAAGGCAUCAGCUUCAUCUUCACUGAUAACGAGAUCAAGGACGAGUCUUUCCUGGAGUACAUGAAUAAUGUGUUAUCAUCUGGAGAGGUGUCAAAUUUGUUCGCUCGAGACGAAAUGGAUGAAAUCAUGAGUGACCUCAUACCAGUCAUGAAAAGAGAGUUUCCUCGGCGACCACCGACCAAUGAGAACCUUCAUGACUACUUCAUGAGCAGGGUCAGACAGAACCUUCAUGUGGUUCUCUGCUUCUCUCCCGUGGGGGAAAAGUUCCGGAACAGAGCCUUGAAGUUCCCUGCUCUCAUCUCUGGCUGUACUAUGGACUGGUUCAGCCGCUGGCCCAAAGAUGCUCUGGUCGCAGUGUCAGAGCACUUCCUGUCCACCUAUGACAUGGAUUGUUCAGCCUCUGUGAAGGGGGAGGUGGUUCAGUGCAUGGGCUCCUUCCAGGACGGCGUGGCAGAGAAGUGUGUCGAUUACUUCCAGAGGUACCGCCGCGCCACCCAUGUCACCCCAAAGUCCUACCUGUCCUUUAUCCAGGGAUACAAGGCCAUCUAUAAGGAGAAGCACUCGGAGGUGCAGUCGCUGGCAGUCAGAAUGAACACAGGCCUUCAGAAGCUAAAGGAGGCUUCUGUGUCGGUAGCAUUACUCAGCAAAGAGCUGGAGAUCAAAGAGAAGGAGUUGCAGAUUGCCAACGAGAAAGCAGACAUGGUGUUGAAGGAAGUGACAGUAAAGGCCCAUGCAGCAGAGAGGGUUAAGGUGGAGGUCCAGAAGGUGAAGGAUAAGGCCCAGGCCAUUGUGGACAGCAUCUCUGCUGACAAGGCCUUUGCUGAAGAGAAACUGGAGGCGGCCAAGCCAGCCCUGGAGGAGGCUGAGGCUGCACUACAGACCAUCAAGCCAUCGGACAUUGCCACGGUGCGGACCCUAGGCAGGCCACCACACCUGAUAAUGAGGAUCAUGGACUGCGUUCUGCUGCUGUUUCAGAGGAGGGUUAACACAGUGAAGAUCGACCCAGAGAAGAACUGCACCACGCCCUCCUGGCAGGAGUCCCUCAAACUCAUGACGGCGGGGAAUUUCCUGGGUAGUUUGCAGCAAUUCCCAAAAGACAGCAUCAAUGAGGAGAUGGUGGAGUUACUGCAGCCCUACUUUGACAUGCCAGACUACACCUUGGAGACGGCCAAGCGGGUGUGUGGAAACGUGGCUGGACUGGCCUCAUGGACCAAAGCCAUGGCCUCCUUCUUCUCCAUUAACAAGGAGGUACUCCCAUUAAAGGCUAACCUGGCAGUGCAGGAAAACCGCCUGGCCAUAGCCAACAUAGACCUGCAGACAGCCCAGGCUGAGCUGGAUGACAAGCAGGCAGAGCUGGAUGUUGUGCAGGCAGAGUAUGAGAAAGCGAUGAUGGAGAAACAGACUCUGCUGGAAGAUGCUGAGCGCUGCAGACACAAGAUGCAGACAGCUUCUAGUCUCAUCAGUGGUCUGGCUGGAGAGAAGGAGCGCUGGACAGAACAGAGUAAAGAGUUUGCCGCUCAGACCAAGCGCCUUGUUGGUGACGUCCUGCUGGCCACAGCCUUCCUGUCCUAUUCUGGCCCCUUUAACCAGGAGUUCCGGAACCUUCUCCUUACUGACUGGCAGAAAGAGAUGAAGGCCAGACACAUCCCGUUCGGAAGCAACCUCAACCUGACUGAGAUACUGAUUGACGCCUCUACAGUCAGCGAGUGGAACCUUCAGGGCUUGCCCAAUGAUGACCUAUCCAUACAGAAUGGGAUCAUCGUCACCAAGGCCUCUCGCUUCCCCCUCCUCAUAGACCCUCAGACCCAGGGCAAAAUCUGGAUCAGGAAUAAAGAAGCCAGGAAUGAGCUGCAGAUCACCUCCCUGAACCACAAGUACUUCAGGAACCACCUGGAGGACAGUCUGUCUCUGGGGCGCCCCCUGCUAAUUGAGGACGUAGGGGAGGAGUUGGAUCCUGCACUAGACAAUGUACUGGAGAAAAACUUCAUCAAGACCGGCUCCACAUACAAGGUGAAGGUGGGAGACAAGGAGGUGGAUGUGAUGAGGGGGUUCCGUCUCUACGUCACCACCAAGCUCCCCAACCCAGCGUACACCCCGGAGAUCAGUGCCCGCACCUCCAUCAUAGACUUCACAGUCACCAUGAGGGGUCUGGAGGACCAGCUGCUGGGCAGGGUCAUCUUCACCGAAAAACAGGAGUUGGAGAAGGAGCGUACAUACCUACUGGAGGAUGUGACGGCCAACAAGAGGAAGAUGAAGGAGUUGGAGGACAACCUGCUUUAUCGUCUGACCUCUACCCAGGGUUCCCUGGUGGAUGAUGAAAGCCUCAUCAUUGUCUUGGGCAACACUAAGCACACAGCAGAAGACGUCACUCAGAAACUGCAGAUUGCAGCCGAAACGGAGAUCCAGAUCAACAGCGCUAGAGAGGAGUACAGACCAGUGGCCACCAGAGGCAGCAUUCUGUACUUCCUCAUCACUGAGAUGUCCAUGGUUAACGUCAUGUACCAAAUGUCACUACGACAGUUCCUGGGGAUCUUUGACCUCUCUUUAGCCAGAUCAAUGAAAAGUCCAAUCACCAGCAAGCGUAUAGCAAACAUUAUAGAGUACAUGACGUUCGAGGUGCACAAGUACGCCGCCCGGGGACUCUACGAGGAGCACAAGUUCCUCUUCACCCUCCUUCUGACGCUGAAGAUUGACAUGCAGAGUAACCGUGUGAAACACGAUGAGUUCCUCACCCUCAUCAAAGGAGGUGCCUCUCUGGAUCUGAAGGCUUGCCCUCAUAAGCCAGCCAAGUGGAUCUUAGACAUGACCUGGCUCAAUUUGGUGGAGCUCAGCAAGCUGUGGCAGUUUUCAGAUAUCCUGGACCAGAUCUGUCAUAAUGAGAAGCAGUGGAAGGCCUGGUUUGAUAAGGAGGCCCCUGAGGAGGAGGUGAUACCUAAUGCCUAUGACCAAGCCUUGGACUGUUUCCAUCGCCUGCUGCUCAUACGAUCCUGGUGUCCAGACAGGACCAUCGCUCAGGCCCGUAAGUACAUCAUGGACUCAAUGGGAGAGAAGUAUGCAGAGGGAGUGAUCUUGGACAUGGAGAAGACCUGGGAGGAGUCUGACCGCCGGACCCCCCUCAUCUGCUUCCUGUCCAUGGGAUCCGAUCCCACUGACUCCAUCAUCGUCCUGGGGAAGAGGCUGAAGAUUGAGACGCGCUACGUCUCUAUGGGUCAGGGGCAGGAGGUCCACGCACGCAAGCUGCUGCAGCAGACCAUGGCCAACGGUGGCUGGGCCUUACUUCAGAACUGUCACCUGGGACUGGACUUCAUGGAUGAGCUCAUGGACACUGUAACUGAGACAGACACAGUCCAUGAGACCUUCCGCCUGUGGAUCACUACAGAGGUCCACAAACACUUCCCCAUCACACUGCUGCAGAUGUCCAUCAAGUUCACCAAUGAACCUCCACAGGGACUGAAGGCCGGGCUGAAGAGAACUUAUGGAGGGAUUAACCAGGACCUGCUGGAUGUCAGCAACAUGGUGCAGUGGCGGCCCAUGCUGUAUGCUGUGGUGUUCCUUCACUCCACUGUCCAGGAGAGGCGGAAAUACGGCCCUCUGGGCUGGAACAUCCCCUACGAGUUCAACCAGGCUGACUUCAACGCCACCGUACAGUUUGUCCAAAACCAUCUGGACGACAUGGACAUCAAGAAAGGUGUUUCCUGGAAUACAGUGCGCUACAUGAUCGGGGAGAUCCAAUAUGGCGGCAGGGUGACAGACGACUAUGACAAGCGUCUUCUCAACACCUUUGCCAAGGUCUGGUUCAGUGAAAAUAUGUUUGGACCUGACUUCUACUUCUACAAAGGCUACAGCAUCCCCAAGUGCAUCAACGUGGACCAGUAUCUGACAUACAUUCAGAGCCUACCGGCUUACGACACCCCAGAGGUGUUUGGGCUACACCCCAAUGCGGACAUAACAUACCAGAGCAAGCUGGCCAAAGAUGUCCUGGACACCAUCCUGUCCAUCCAGCCUAAGGACAGCUCCAGUGGUGGGGGGGAGACCAGGGAGGCCAUUGUCGCCAGGUUGGCUGAUGACAUGUUGGAGAAACUACCUCCAGACUAUGUACCAUUUGAGGUGAGAGAGCGGCUACAGAAGAUGGGUCUUCUCCAGCCCAUGAACAUCUUCCUGCGUCAGGAGAUUGACCGCAUGCAGAGGGUCAUUGUUCUGGUGAGGAACACACUGACUGACCUCAAGCUGGCCAUUGAUGGGACCAUCAUCAUGAGUGAGAACCUGAGAGACGCACUGGACUGCAUGUAUGACGCACGCAUCCCUUCACGCUGGAAGAAGGCAUCAUGGGCCUCCAGCACUCUGGGGUUCUGGUUUACAGAGUUACUGGAGAGGAACCGUCAGUUUCAGGCUUGGAUCUAUGAAGGACGGCCUAACUGCUUCUGGAUGACAGGCUUCUUCAACCCACAGGGCUUCCUGACUGCCAUGAGACAAGAGAUCACUCGUGCAAAUAAGGGCUGGGCCCUGGACCGCAUGGUGCUGUGCAAUGAGGUGACCAAGUGGAUGAAGGAGGACAUUUCCCAGCCCCCCUCUGAAGGCGUGUAUGUGUAUGGUCUCUACCUGGAGGGGGCAGGCUGGGACCGGAGGAACUGCAGGCUCAUUGACUCCAAACCCAAAGUGUUGUUUGAGAUGAUGCCUGUCCUCAGGAUGUAUGCUGAAAACAAUGCUGUCAGGGAUGCCCGGUUGUAUUCGUGUCCCAUUUAUAAGAAACCAGUAAGGAUGGAUCUGAAUUACAUAGCUGCUGUGGAGCUGAGGACAGCUCAACCACCGGAGUACUGGAUACUACGUGGGGUGGCUCUGCUGUGUGAGGUUAAAUAACCCACCUAACGUGCAAAAGGGUUAACCAGUAAAUAGAAACGACACAUGAAAAUACAUUUUCAUUAACUUAAAUUAAAUAUGAUCUGUGUAUUUCUUAAAUUAGUCCAAAACUAACUAGAAUAUAUAAACAUUGUGAAAAAUGUAAAUUAUUUGUUUGUUUUUUUCUUCUUUUGGCCAUCUACAAUGGAAUAUGUCUCUGACAGUACUAAAUAUUACUGGUCUCUGUGUUCUGCUUUUCUCAGGUACUCUGUACUUGACCUAGUAUCGAACAGUUUUACACAACACACUGAUAUCUAAACCCACAUACAUAAAACUGCUGACUGUUAUCCUCCCAUUCAUUCUAAUGAAUUGUGUAAGAAGAUAGUUGACAUUUCUAGUGACUGUUUAAAGAGAAUACUAGAAAUGUUUUCCAUGUUUUCCUGGCUCAGAGUCUAAUUUCGGGGGGUAAACAAUCCAACAUGGAAAAAUACAGAAUGUAUCCUCUAAAUCAUUCUCAAAACAUAUUCAGUGGAAAAUGGCAAACACUCACACACCUUUAAUAUCAAAUUAAUUUUGCUUCCUACAUGUUCUGCAGUCAGAUCAGUUAGCAUCCUCUCAAUCUGAAGUUAAAAGAGGAGAAACAUUAAGGUGCAGUUGAGUUGCACACAGUUUUUAAAUGUGUUAUAUUUUACAUUUGUUUCUGUUGUCGUGAGAAAUUAGACCCUGAGAUCUCUUAGCUGAUUAUAUCAUUAUUGACUUAAAUAAACAAAUUCUAUAGAUUUACAGUUAUGUCCAUAAAUAUUUGGACAAUGACACAAUUUUCAUUAUUUUGGCUCUGCACGCCACCACAAUGGAUUUGAAAUGAAACAACCAACAUGCAAUUGAAGUGUCAUGGUGCGGUGAGCAGCAGCGCCACCGUGCAAUAUAUUCUCAAUUUCCCAUCACUGACAAAUGUAUCCCGGACUUGUUCUUUGUCACAUGUCUUAAUCAUGCACACCAGGUCCCUGCUAAUUUGUAUGUGUUUAAAUGUUUCCCCUCUGCUCCCCACAUUGUGGAUCAUUCUUAUUGUCAGUUCGUCUCGUGGUGAAUGUUACAUGUAUACACUGUUUGAAGAGUUCUUGUUAAGACGCGUUGUCGCGUACUUUAUUUUCAUUCAGUCGUUAGUUUCGUUUUCCGUUCGUGUUCGGUUGUUUUGUUUGUUGAUUAAACCCCACGAACGUGAGAUAUGCCUGCGCCUGGUUCCUUACCCAACACUACACCACACGAAAAUCGUGACAUGAAGUGCAGACUCUCAGCUUUAAUAAAAGGGGUUGAACAAAAAUAUUGUAUGAAACGUUUAGGAAUUGCAACCAUUUUCAGUAU